AUGCUCGCAAGCCGUCCGCUAUGCCGCCAAUUCGCGACCCUCGACUGCCACACGUACGCGCAGACGACAGAUGCCUCCUCGCAGCAGACACCCAGCGGAACCGCGAUUGACACGCAGACAACGGACCGAGAUGAGCCUGUCGAGGCCGGCGUCGCAGCCCUGCCUAUCGCCGAGGAAGGCGGGGACUAUGAAGCGGUAAACAACACGCGCAUCGCACAACGGUCCUCACCCCGACAGCCCAACCUCGUCGCCCUGCCACCAGCCUCGUCUGCAAACAACUGGAUGUCCGCCCACACGCAAUCGCAAAGCUCCUGGUCCGCCCACACGCCCGCAGACACCGACAGCAUCGUCACAAAGACCACAGCCACGUCCAGCUCGAGUAAGAGGGACCAUGGCCGGUCAAAGAGCCCCGUCAAGAGCAUGGUCGAUCUCGCCUUGCUGGAUCGAAAGGUCGAGAGGGUUCACAUGGCGAUUAAAGACUACUCAGACACGAUACGCCAGUUGAUGCGCAACAUACGAGAUAUCCAACGCGGAAAGGGCAUGAUACCCCACGAAAUCAGGCCUGCCGUGGAGAGGCGUGAAGACGUCGAGGCAGAGGAAUGGUGGUGGAGCACGACUUCCAGCGCACUCUCUAAGAGCAAACUGCUCGUUGAACUUGAGAUGGAUGGACGAGGUUGGAACGACAAAGUGCACUCCCUGAUACUGCGCCAGGUGUGCAUGCAUCUCGCCGGCAUCGAGUACCAGAAUAUUACUACCGCCCGGCCAGACCCCCGCCUCGUCCCAAAGACAGGCCUCGCUCACACCGAGUCCAAACUCGUCGACUAUGCCCUGGUCUGCGACAAGACCCUCAUUCCGCCCCAUGUCGUCGAGCGCAUCCUCGCAGACACCCGCAACGGCAUCGACAGCAUCAACCACACGCGUGACAGCGUGCAGAGCCUACGCCGAAACCCAAUCGCCGUCUCCUUUGAAACAAAGACACCCAACGGCAGCGAGUCUGAAGCUCUGACCCAGCUCUCCCUCUGGGCCGCCACGCAUUUCAACCGUCUGCGCACCCUCCUCCCACCCGGCAAGAGCGACGUCGUGGCCAUGCCGUUGCCGCUCAUUAUGGCCGUGGGUGGACGGUACAGUUUGCUCUUCGUUAUUGACGGGUCAAUGGGGCAAGGGAUUCGUGUUUUCGGUGGAGAGGCGGCAUUUGGGGAUUGUGCAAGCUUGGAGGGGUGUUACCAGGUUCUUGCCGGGUUGAGGAGGGUGGGCGAGUGGGUGAGGGAGACGUGGGUGUCGUGGUUUGUGGGCGAGUGCUUACGCGGAGGUGGGGGGAGAUGA